AUGUUCUUUAAAAGUCUUAUUCCGGCCUUUGCCCUGGGCGCAAGCGCCGAGUUGAUUGUCGGCCUGGGUUCUUCGUACGCUGAAGGACCAGGUCUUACACAGCAAAUCGGCAAGCUUCUAGGCCAAAAACUCUCAGACCACGAUGGACAAGAGUGGUCCUUCACCAACCAUGCUGUCAGUGGUAGCAUCCUGGAGGACAUUACAGGAAACCAGUCUCCAGAGCUUGAAGGGACCAAUCCAAGGAUUGCAUACAUUGUCUCCGGUGGCAACGAUCUCUCAUAUGCCGUUUGUUUGGGCAACCCAAGUGACAGCGCAUGCCAGAAUUCGAUUUCCGAGGAUGAGUGGAAGCAGCGUUACAGAGAGGUUCUGGACUCUGUUAUCCAGCACACAUCUGGUGAUCCAGCCCUGACCGUCUUCUGCGUAACAUACAUCAGGGCUCUUGGCGCAGACACCGUCUGUCCAAGUGACGACUGCCCGAUGGAAGCCGACGAAAAGGAGCAAAACGACAAUCUUUACAACCGAGUUAUCGACUACACUGUUAGGGCGAUAGAUGAGUGGAAGGCAGCCGGAGACAACAAACAGUACGAUGUGCGACUUAUUCCCAUGCGUCAGUACAGUGAGGAGCACUACGUUGGCACCGCUGAGCCGUGGAUCAAUGGAGCGCAGGUCCCAGAGGGUGCAGGAGGCAUUACCUGGCACCCUAACGACGCAGGAGCUGAUGCUGUUGCUGAGAUCCUUUUCCAAAGCUUUACUAGCUAA